AUGGCACUGUGUGAACCACGGCCGCCGCCAACACCGCUGGAGAAUCGGCAAGCGGCGAACAAGACGACGGCUGUUAUUGUUCCGGCUUUGUUGAUUGGGGUUGUUGGUUAUGCCACAUGGAUUGUGGUCGUUCUCAUAGGUGCCAAUCAUCUCAUCAAAUAUGAAAGUCGAAAUGGAGCCGGCAUCGCCAUUAUAGUCCUAUACUUCGUAUUUCUAUUUCCUAUGGCAUUUAGCUAUCUACGACUUCUCAUUACUAUACCGCAUCCUGGAUACAUCGAAAAAGGAACCCCAACUGCUGCCACUCCAGUCAAGCCAGCAAAGGAAGCACCUCCUCAGCAUAACAUCCAGGCUUCAUGUACAAGUACCAAGGUCCAAGAUGGCACGAACCAGACCAGCAAGAAGUCUCAACAUCUCGCUCCUAAAGAGCUUGAAAUUACCGAGUUAGAUACCAAAGCUAUCUUGAGUGGCGAGCUACCACCACCGCCCGGCACAGAGCGCUUCUAUUCGAAAGACGUAUUUGCUUGCGACCAGAACGGUCUUCCGAUAUGGUGUGGCGUUUGCAAUAAUUGGAAACCCGAUCGAUCACACCACGGCAGUGAUUUUGGUAGAUGCGUCUUGAAAAUGGAUCAUUUCUGUCCGUGGGUCGGAGGAGUCGUUGGGGAGCGAAACUUCAACUUCUUCAUUCAAUUUUGCUCUUAUGCUGGAAUAUAUGCUCUAUAUGUCAUGAUUGUUAUGGCUUACUUUGUUGCUGAAGCUAGAGGCAGAGGCAACACACCAGGCGGCAAUUGGAUUGCUGGGUUGACACUUGGAGCUGUGUUUACAUUGUUCGCAGGCGGCAUGGCGAUGACUAGUAUGAGCCUCGCACUAAAGAAUCUAACCACUAUCGACAAUAUCGGCCAUCAAAGAAGAGUCAUGCACAUCGCCGUACUGGUCGACCCGUCCCAACAACGUCAACCUAGACCCAUGUCAACAGGCAAUCUCAAACCAUCACAUGUAUCAGAAGAUGAAGAUCCUUGGCAGGGAACUAUCACAUACCCACUGAGCCUGAUGCCUGAUGCAUCUUCAGAAACUACGUUAUCACCGCCUACAUCAGCCCCACCUAGGACUUUCGCCAUCUUACGCACACAUCCUGGCAUGAACCCUUGGAACCUGGGAGCUUUUCGAAACUUCAAAUCUAUCAUGGGUAACCAUUGGUAUGACUGGUUCUUGCCGCUAAGGCACUCACCUUGCUGCAACCACGAUCGCGGCGAUAGCAUGUACGAACUGGGCACUGAUGUUGAGCGAUUAAAGGCCGAUGCUGGCCUGUCGUCUUCCAGCAGUAGAUCAGGAUCAAGUCGACGCAAGCACAGAAAGCACCGACACCGCAGGGAAGAUUCUGAGGAUGUAGACAUCAUGGGGUCAACCCUUGCAAACGUCAACGGCUCGACAGGAAGAGAACGAAGCAGUUUUGAAACAGCUUAA